UUCCUCGGGUUCUCUCCAUCUCCCUCCCCUCUCUCUCUCUCUCUCUGAUCUCUCUGGUAUAUACAGAGAGACAUUGAACAUAUGCUCUUCCUCAUUUAAAGCUAGCUCUCUCUCUCUCUCUCUCUCUCUCUAGCGCCUGAUCUUUCAAAAAUUCCCAUCUUUUAUAAGCUCCCUUUCCUUUCACCCGAACGACCAGACACCCUUUUCCAUCUCCUUCCUUUCCUUCCUUCGCCUCUCGCUCUUUGCGCGGACUUUCCAUCUCUUUUCCUUCUCUUCGAUUCUCCUAUCAUCAUCACCCACAAAGAAAAAGACCGACCACCUUUAUUCUCCUCCUCCUCCUCCUCCUUCGUUUUAUUCUCUCCUCAAAGUCUUUCCUCUUUGCCACACCACCGUUUUUCCCUUGGGUCGCGACGCGCAGGCGGGCGGGCGGGGCGCGCGUAUUUAUGAUCAUGGGGUUCCAAGAGAAACGCCACCAGGUGGAUAAAGGGCUCGACAUGGAGGGCAAGGCGACGUGGGUCAUCGCCGGGAUCUCGCUGCGCUCCCCGUUGAAGCCGAUAUACACCGGCUCCUCGCGGAGCCGCGGCGAGUGGGACGACGACGGCGGCUGCGGCGGCGAGGAGGAGGAACUCUCCACGACCCCGACGGGGGAAGAGGCGAGGAUCCCGGUUAAGUUCACGUGCCCGCCGCCGGCCCCGAGGAAGCGGAAGCCGGCCUUGAAGUACCGCUACGACGGAGUUAGGGAGUUCUUUAACCCUCCGGAUUUGGAGAGCGUGUUCAUGCGCAAAGCCGAAAGGGCUAACUGAUUAUGGGAGAGAUUUGUGUAGUUGUUAAAAAGGUUGUAUUAUGGACUCCAGUUUCUGCUCAUUUUCUUUACCUUUUCCCGUAACUAUCAUUUCUCUUUUUCUCUCUCUUCAUUUUCUUUCUUUUUUCUUUUUUGUCCUUGUAUGCUAUUGUCUGGUUAGUAGCUAGUGGAGGCUAGUGAUGUGUACAUAACAUUUUUCAUUCAAUAAAAUCCGCGAUUAGGCAAA